CGAGUGUGAUGGUUUCGGGAUGGUUCUGUCUCUCGGUGUUAAUAACGUGUUGCUGCUCUCCCUUGCUGGGCGCCCCCCCGACCCCCACGCAAGAUGAGACCGGAGCGUCAUCGUUGGUGAAGCGUUCGGCCGCCUACCCGCACGGGACGAUGCUCCGCUACUUCCUGAUGGCGAUGAGCAGCUCUGACGCCCCUCGCAGCCCGCCCGUCCUCGUUAACCGACCCAUCAGAAGGCUCGGGUCAGAGUUCCUGGGGAAGAGGUCCUCGCCGCCCGCAGUGAGCCUCGAGGAAAGCGCCGAAGACACCCACGCCUGCGAGGACGAGGCGUGCGCCGACGAAGCCGAAGUCCAAGACGACCGCAGAAAAGAACACCUGAGCUACACCGGGCAGUACGACUACGACUACGACAACGACGACGACGGGGCGAACGACACGGCGAAGAGAGACUCACGGAUCGCCAAACCCAAGAAGAGAAAUAUUAGAGACAGGGAAAACUUGAAAGAUCUCUUCUCGAUAUUGAUGUCAAAGAAAAUGGGGUCCGAAUUCCUGGGUAAGAGAAUGGGAUCGGAGUUCUUAGGCAAGAGAAUGGGAUCCGAGUUCCUAGGGAAGAGAAUGGGUUCGGAAUUCCUCGGGAAGAGAGCAAUGGGUUCGGAAUUCCUCGGCAAAAGAGCGAUGGGGUCCGAAUUCUUGGGGAAGAGGGUCACGGGGUCCGAAUUCUUAGGGAAGCGCGCCAUGGGAUCGGAAUUCUUGGGAAAGAGAGGGAUGGGUUCCGAAUUCUUAGGGAAGAGAGCAAUGGGUUUUCGGAAAUUUUUAGGGAAGAGAGCAAUGGGUUCGGAAUUCUUAGGGAAAAGAGCAAUGGGUUCGGAAUUCUUAGGGAAGAGAGCAAUGGGUUCAGAAUUCUUAGGGAAGAGAGCAAUGGGUUCGGAAUUCCUUGGCAAACGCGCAAUGGGAUCAGAAUUCCUUGGCAAGCGGGCAAUGGGAUCAGAAUUCCUUGGCAAGCGGGCAAUGGGAUCAGAAUUUCUAGGAAAGCGAUUCGUACCAGGAAGUCUUGACUCUGCCUCAGUCGACACGAAGAGAGCCGUGGGAUCAGAAUUCCUCGGGUGAAGUAGCCAUCGUACCGGAAGAUAAAGCGACCCAACGUUUUAUUCAAAUCAAGCGGCGGGAAAUUCCUUAACUGUGUUAAUUGUUAUUGAAACGAGGAAGUUUGUGAUUCCUUUCAUUUCCAAUGUUUGUUUUUGUUUUUGUUUUUUAAUAUCAUCUGUUUUCCCUUUUCGUUAACCCAUCUGACAGAUAUAGCAGCGUAUUUUGUCCUUUCCCAAAAGCCAUCAUUCACCCGCCAUGUGGAGGAGGGAUGGCGGGCGAUCUCAGUGGCCAACGGAAACCGAACACUAAUUAGGGGUUCCUUAACAAGCUGCUUCUGCGUGGCAUUUGUAAUUACAAACAAUAAUGAUGAUAAUAAAUCUCGGAAGUAUUUAAAGACCAUGUAACUACUGUAAAGACAUGUUAGUGCCAUUUAUUUUUGUAAAAUGCUUAUGAUCGUUCACAGGACGAGUUCUAAAUGUAGCGAAAAGAUUCAAUAAAAUUCUUUGUCAUCC